AGCAAAACUAGAUAUUUUUAUAGAACAGCAGGGUGACGCAAGUGUUGAGAGUCAUUCGACUGGAGCCACUGAUCACGGAAGUUUGAGAAAUACUGGUGUAAAUAAUAACGAAUCUAUUUCCGUGAACAAUGCGCCACAAGUAAGAUAUCAUCAGCAAUAACCUUAUAAUAUUGACGACGUCAUCGCCAAGAUAUAAUCCGCAGUACGACGCAUCAUAUUGCAGUUGCAAUAAAGGUUCAACAAAAUGACACAAACAUGCGAUCAAGCAGAAAGCAGGUCAUGCCUAGGUCGGGGCGAAAAAUGUCUUUUUUACGGCACAUCGGUGUUGAAGCACCGAAGACGAGUAGAAGAAGUUUUCCCGUGUGAUGGAAUCUUUAUAAGACAAUUACACAGAAAUAUAUUUGUAUCCAAACAAAAAGGUGCAACAUUCAAGAAAUCCGGGAAAAGGGUAUCUGGAAGAAUACAUUUUUAUGCCCAGAUGUUAUUAGCAGUAUUUGUGUUCGUUUCCUGGAUCACAACAGCAUCAACUCUCCCUAUCGAGCCAAAUGAAUCGAUGUUGAUACCGGAAUUAAAAACAAUAAAAACGCCAUCAGCUUUGUCAGAAUUGAUGCAGAGAAGCUCAGAAAAUAAAAACAAUUCAAAGCAUCCCAUUCUACAAGAAAUCAUUUCACUGAAAGAUUUCGAAUCAGAAGCGGAUAAACCUAUAAUAGAAGCACCUAAACUACAAGCUGUGAGAAAACGUUACAAGAAAUGUAAAAAUCCAUAUCGAAAGGAUUACUGUAUGAAUGGAGGACGAUGUGAAUGGAUAUCAGCCCUCGAACAACCACGCUGCGCGUGCAAAAAUGGAUGGAAAGGUGAAAGGUGUAGAACAUAUCAAGUUGAUUUUGACCAAGGCGAAGCAGAACCACGAGAUCAAACACUGGUUAUUUCACUAGUAUUAUCCCUUUUUGGCGUUCUCGGAAUUGCUCUAGUUGGGUGCAUAUGUUGGAGACGGGUCAAGUUCCUCCAAACACACAAGGACGAGAUCAAUGAAAAUACAGCGAUGGUAACAUGCGAACAAGAAAGAUCUAACUCAGUUCCUAGAUGACGUGUUUCGAAAAAUCACAUCGAAUAUGCUCCGCAGUAAAGACAACAUCACAACCAAAAUUCCUUCUCCAGGAUCGUUCAAAUGAAUAUUACAAUUAUCUUUUGCUCUUUUGAAUCACUUUCGUGAAAUAUGCUCGCAUUUGCAUGUACUGUGAAUACACUGUUGAAAUUCGUUCCAACAUUAAUGAAGUGCUUACUAUUUAUUAAUAUUUUCGUUUUGCUUCAUGUAUCGAUAAAAAAUGAUUUAUUUAGAAAAUCAAUGGCUCCCCAAACACAUAUAGAAUUCGACAAUUUUUCAACCGAAUAUCAUUAUAUAUUGCUCUUCGGCUAGCGUGGGCUUUCGAUAAAGUGUGAAUAAUGAAAACAUCGAAGCGUUCUAAACUUCUCGUUUCGAAUAUUUAUCAAAAUGAAUUUCCGUGACAGAUUGUAGUUUAUCUUGCACCAAUAUUGAUUCCGCCAUGCAUGAUCUAUCGAGGAUUCAUUUUUUUUUUCAUUUCGUUAUAACUAUUUAUUUUUUUCAUAUUUGCACAUCGCUUUAUAAUUUUCUUUUUACAUCUUUAUUUUCGUCUAAUAUUAAUCAAUCACGUGAUAUCACCAAACAGUAGAUUGAUGACGUUGUCGCGGACUUCCCGACAGUAAUUUGCACAUUAUAUGAUAUUAGUCAACACACUCUUUUAAUGUUUGAUCUGGUGAUACCGCCAUGAGUCAAACUCUAUCACCAUUUUCUGCCAAUUUUUUACCGCUUCGGCCACGAUUUAUUCACGCUUAUUGUUUUAUGUUUGCAUUUUAUUUGCACUUGGUAGAUUUGCACCAACAAACAUAUUUAAAUCCCCACGACUAAAAUCUUGUAGUAAUAUUUUCAGAAUUUCUCGAUUUAUAGAAAUCGAUUCUCUCAUCAAAUGUUGUUACCAGUUCUUUUUAUGCUGUAGGUGGAGUUUCUUUGGCAAGACUUUGAUAUUGCGGACAAUCCUCAUUUGAUGUCCAAAUGUCGCGAUCACAGAAUAAAUUGCACUUUUUCACCUAUAUCUAUUUAUGUUUUCGUUUCUUUUUACACCUUUGAUUAUCAUGCAACAUAACUUAUUUAUUAAAAUGUGAAUAAUAAAUCGUACCUUGCAAUUUCAACAAAAG